AUGCAUUUCUUUGAUCGCGUUGUUGGAGCUGUGAUCUCGGUCAUUAGCUUCGUAACCUUAUCACCAGUCCAACAUGGCAUCGAAAACCAAACGCCUCUGCAGCUCCCUAACCAGCUCCCAGAACCUGUUGACCGAUACAUGGAACCCGUCCGACCAGUUCAACACGCUAUAGACUCGAGCUCCGAUUCUGUGCCCUCUGAUGUAGGACCGAUCUUUGCACCCCCGGGAACUCCUGCGGAAGAUGGCUUCCUAUGCGAUUAUACGGCCAUGUCAUCUGAUUGGGUGGCCUGCUCCAACACUACUCGAGAAUGCUGGCUUGAGAAUACCCAGACUCAGGAGCAAUUCAAUAUCACUACACCCUACGAGGACCUAACACCCACUGGGAUUCUGCGUCAAUACUCUCUUGAAAUAGUGGAUGAUUCUUAUGAUGCCGACGGCAUGGAAUUCAAUGAGGCGAAACUUUUCAAGUACUUGGGUGAUACAAAGCCUAGUCAAUAUCCAGGACCUUGGAUUCAAGCUUGCUGGGGAGAUACCGUUGAGGUGUCUGUGACGAACAACAUGGCGCAUAAUGGAACCUCUGUGCAUUGGCAUGGUGUAAGACAACUACUGACCAUGCAUAUGGACGGCGUUAAUGGCAUUACGCAAUGUCCAAUCGCGCCAUUGGAUACGUUUGUCUACAAAUUUCGGGUCAUGCAAUAUGGCAGCUCCUGGUAUCACACCCAUUACUCCGUCCAAUACGCCGAUGGUGCCGUAGGACCCAUGACCUUUCACGGACCUAUGUCUGCUGAGUAUGAUGAAGCGAUCAGCCCUCCCUUGAUCAUGACUGACUGGGGCCAUAACUCCGCGUUCGAUGCCGUGUAUCAGGGGCUUACUUCGCCAGACAUCCUUCUAAAUGGCCGUGGAAACGUAACUCAAUUUAACAACGCUGUUCCUAACACGACAAUUGUCCAGCCGCCGUAUCAGAAAAGCUUCGACGGUGACCCGCCAACCAAGAAGUACCUAUUUCGAGUGAUCAAUACUUCUUUUGAUAUGACCUUCAUAUUUAGCAUCGACAACCACCUCUUGCAAGUUGUGAGUGCCGACUUUGUCGCGAUUGAGCCUUAUACCACUUCUUCCAUUCUAGUAGGUAUCGGACAGCGGUACAAUGUCAUCGUUGAGGCCAACCCAGUGAGUAACAACAACACUGGACCAAUUGCUGCAGAUGGCAAUUACUGGAUCCGAACCUUUACAGCCGACUGCGGAGGUCAUCAAGGGGUCUCCCCGAACUAUAUGGAGACAGGUAUUCUGCGGUACAAUAGCUCAAGCCCAGCAACGCCCACAACGACGGAAUGGACAGACUUCUCGCCACAAGAGUGUGGCGACGAACCUUAUGCAAGUCUCAUCCCGAAGGUGAACUGGACCAUUGGAGAUGCAAGCAAUGGUCCUAAUGGAGAGCAAUUUGAUCUAUGGAUUGACUUCAGGGGCAAAUCAGUUUACCCGCUCGCAAAAUGGACACUGGCAGCAGAAGUUGACGGCGGCGACCAAUUUGAUCCUAUGAGAGUCAACUACAGCAAUCCCACAUUUUUGAACCUCGACACUGAUGGGCCCUGGGUUAAGUCGUGGAGAAUCGUGCCUGAAGAUUAUACCAGCACUGAUUGGAUCUUCCUAGCCAUUAUACCUGGUUCAUCUGGCAGCACUGGCGCGCAUCCCAUCCAUCUCCACGGUCAUGAUUUCGCAAUCCUCGAACAAGCAUCCAACAAAGCUUACCACCCGUCCACCCUAAACCUCAAAACCGACAACCCGCCCAGGCGUGACGUUGUCCUAGUGGACACAUCCGGCUACGUCGUCAUCGCCUUCAAAGCCGACAACGCUGGUGCUUGCGAACUCGACUUGGCCAAACCCCCUGGUGGGCCUGACACGAGUCCGGCUAUUAUCGAAGCGAAGAGAGUUUGUGGGAAGUGGAAGGCUUGGUAUGGGGAUGAGGGGAAUUGGGCGGCACCAGGGGCGGCGUGUGGGCAGACGGAUCCAGCGAUGUGCUUUCAGGACGAUUCGGGGGUGUGA